AUGGUCGAUGGGAAUAUCAGCCUGCAACAGAUCUCGCCCACGCCCACGCCGUCAGAAGAGCCCAAGAAGACGAUCCGAAGCGACAAGAGACAGCACUCCGACGACGACGGCGCGUGGAUCUCGUCCGAUGAAGACCUCGACGUCCUGCCGUUCCUCUCGGUCGAUGAAGGCGGCAAGGUGGACACGUUUGGCCCUUCAUCGGCUCUCCAGGGCCCAACCAAGCCCGUCAUGCCCACCGAGUCGCCCGUUGCUGAGCAUGUUCGAAACCAGCUCAUCGCCAACGCCAUCCUGCAGCGACAGCGCGAGCACGAUCUGUGCUACCGACCGGACGUCUUUGGCGUCCCGAUGGAACUGGCCAAGCACCUGCUUGACCUGCAUUGGAAUCGCCAGCAUCACACAUUCCUGCUCACCUACCGCCCGGCCGUCAUGAGAGACCUGGUGCAGAAUGGGCCGUACUGCUCCGAAUUCCUCGUCAACGCCAUCUUUGCGUGCUCCAGUAAAUACUCGCAGCGCAUCGAGGUUCGAGAUAACCCGGUUGACUCCUCGUCGACCGGCCGGCGGUUCUUCGCACGCUGCGACCAGCUAUUGGCGGAACAGUCGCUGCUGAACUCGUCCAGCAUCGCGACGCUGGUAGGGCUGUUGCUCCUUGGAUCCACGUACAAUGCGCGCGGCGACACCUCCAAGGGAUGGCUGUACACCGGCUACGCCCUGCGGAUGGUGUAUGACCUGGGCCUGCAUCUGGACUACAAAGCCACCACCGCCAAUGCGGAGGAUAUCGAGAUCCGGCGUCGCGUCUUCUGGGGCGCAUUCAUCUGCGACAAGCUGCAGAGCCUGUAUCUGGGCCGCCCCAUGACCAUCCAUCUCCGGGACGUCCAUGUUUCGCGAAACUUCAUGGACACGAUGGAAGAAAAGGAACUGUGGACGCCAUAUGUCGACCCGAUGCUCCCCACGGAGAGCAUGUCUCCAAUGUCGCCCGCUCCCACUCCGAUCCAUUCGGUGUCUACCUUCCAGCAGCUCUGUCUCCUGUCACGGAUCAUGACCAAGAUCAUCAACCGAUUCUACGUGGUCGGUGCAACGGCCGAAAAUGCGAGGGCUAGUCUUCAAGCCAUCGACGACGCCCUUAUUUCGUGGAAGGAUAACCUGCCCGUGGAUCUCAAGUUCGAGCCGUGGUCAGACAGCCUGAUGACCUCCCAAGUCCGACCGGCCCCAAACGUGAUGAUUCUAAACGCACUGUACUAUUCACUGGUCAUCCUGCUUCACCGCCCGUUCAUUUCCGAUGGCCAUCUUCGCUCCGCGGUUCCUCCGGCGAGCUCCUGGAAGAGAUGCUCCACCGCUGCGAGAAACAUCACAAGCAUAGUGCUUGGCUACCAGUCUACGUAUACUCUGCGAGGAGCGCCAUAUCUGUUGAGCUACGCCGUCUAUGUGGCCUGCACGAUCCAUGUACGCAACGCAGCCGCAACUGAGCGGCAACACCCCGGAGAGAACUCGUCCCUGCUCUCUGCCAGUCUACACAGUCUGGACGAGCUCUCUCUUCCCAAUGUGGGCGUGUCGAAGCCCGCCAGCAUUAUCCGCAAGAUCAUGGCGGCCAAUGGACUGCAGCUAGUCUCAGGUAACUAUCCCAAUCAGUGGCCCUAG